AUGUUAACCACAGCAGGAUUGAGAGAGUAUUUGGGAAAUGUGGCAGUUGUUUAUAUAAGCAUACCACAUUAUAAGUCUACUGGGGACCCAAAGGGAUUUGCCUUCGUGGAAUUUGAAACAAAAGAACAGGCUGCAAAAGCUAUUGAGGUAGGUCCACAACCUUUAGUCAAAGCAGGAAAGAGGAAAAGAAGCGGCUCUGAAGAUGCAGACUGCCUCACUCCCAGAACGAAAGCUAAGAAAGUGUCUCAGAAAGACAACGUUAAAAAAGAAGCUCCAGAAGUUUGUAAAGAAAACAAAGAAUUAGAAGUCUCUACGGAAGAUGAAAAGGAUACUGGAGAUAUAAAAGACGGAUCCCUACUGAAAGCAAAAAGAAAGCAUAAGAAAAAACAUAAAGAGAGGCGUAAGAUGGGAGAAGAGGUUAUUCCAUUACGAGUGCUAUCAAAGAACCGAAACUGAAAAAGACACGUGUACGCCA